GACACGCACACGGAUGGACCCUGCUGCAAAAGAAGACAGACGACGCCUGCAACGUCAAAAAAGAAAAAAAAAAGAAUGAAAACACCAUCUCUGCUCCUGUUCCUCCUCACAAAUACGAUCCAAUAUGAUCCGUGCAACCUCAGGUGCCGAGCCAGACCACACCGUGCAUCACACAGAGGCGCGCGCGCCAUCGUCGCCAUGCGCGUGCUGAACGACGACAGCCGCGCCACCGUCGUCGUCGCCGAGGCAUCGUCGUCGUCGGCGCCGCCGCUGCUCAUCACGCCAGCGGCGGCCGCGGCGGCGGCGGCCGGAGCAGCAGCUGGGACUGGGAGCGACGCUGCAGGCUUCGACUCCGACAUGGUCAUCAUCCUCGCCGCGCUGCUCUGCGUCCUCGUCUGCGCGCUCGGCCUCAACUCCCUCAUCCAUUACUGCCUCGUGCUCGACUUCGGCCGCGCCGCCCUCGCCGUGGCUCCACCUGCCGCCGCCGCUACGGCUGCCGGUGAUGCAGCCACUGGUAGUGGUACCGGGCUGAAGAAGAGGGAGCUGAGGAGGAUACCCGUGGUGGUGUACGAGGCCAAGCCCGGCGCGUCGGCGACCGACGACUGUGUCAUCUGCCUCGGCGAGUUCGACGACGGCGAGAAGGUGCGCGUGCUCCCGGGGUGCCACCAUGGCUUCCACGUGCAGUGCAUCGAUAUGUGGCUGGCCGCGCACCCGUCUUGCCCGACGUGCCGGAACUCGCUCCUGAUCCAGCAGCAGGGCGGUCAGGCCGGCGACGGCGACGGCGACGGCGACGGCGACGGCGAGGCGACGGCAACGGCGGCAGGGGAAGAGACAUAAUAGUGCCGCGCGCAAGGGUCGUUGAUGGUUUUGCAGUUUCUUGUAUUUUCAUAGGGGCUACAGUGCAAAACCCGUCACUUUGUUCUAGACGGAAAAAGUCCUUUACAUAUGCUAAGUUUAGUCUAUGUCAAAAUAACCUCUGAACUAACAUUUUGGUUUAAUUUACUCCCUCCAACUAUUUCAAUUUGUCCAAUUUACACCUUCAAAAGAUUUUUUUUCA